AUGGCUGGUUUCAACUACUUCAGGGCAGGGGUGGUUGGCAGGCUCAAGGAGAACUUAUUGUCUGCUAUAAGAACUUCCGAACCAUAUGGAGGCCUGGUUCACCAAAUACGAAUUCUGCUUUUGGGUCCAAUUGGAGCUGGGAAGUCUAGCUUUUUCAACUCAGUGAAGUCUGUUUUCCGAGGCCGUGUAACAAACUAGGCCUUGGUGGGGUCUAAGACAACUGGGGUAUCUGAAAACUACAGAACAUAUUUCAUUAAGGAUGGGAAGGAUGGCAACACCCGGCCAUUUAUUCUGUGUGACUCAAUGGGGCUGAGUGAGAAAGAAGAAGGGCUGUGCAUGGAUGACAUACCCUAUAUCUUAGAAGGCUGAAUUCCUGACAGAUACCAGCUAGAGGCAGUUCACAGAGAACUUGGAUGUUCUUCUGACAUCUUUGUGGUUAGUAAUUAUACGUCAGAGUGGGAGCUGGAGCCUGUCAUGGACGUUCUGAACCUCUCUGCAUUGAGACAGAUGCUGUGGGCUGCAGAUGACUUCGUAGAGGAUUUGCCUCUUGAGGAAACAAGUAGAGGUUUUUGAGGUGUAGAAGCUUGAAGGUGUCAGCUACAUGGCUACUUCCGGUUUGGGUACAUCCUAGAGGAUCUAUACUACUUCUCAUCCCCCUUGUCUUAUUUUAAAAUGAAAUAUUUGAAAUGAUUGACCUCUGUCAUUCCCACUGUCUGAACAUCCCAAGCAGUAUCCUUGCCCUCUUCUGUUAAAAUGGGCUUUGCUGCUUGGGACCCAGGAUGGGAUUGGCUCAGCAUUGUUUCUGAUCAGAUGUGAUCUUUGAUUAUCAGUUCUUCCUUUAGACCUUAUACUUCCACCAUUAUUGACUUGACUUUUCAAUGCCUCUCCCUUGUCAAAGUCCCUCUUAAUGCAGUGUGGUCAGUUCUGGGUAGAGGUGUGUGCCUUUCCUGUUUAUGGCCUCAGAUUUUAGUGUUAUGUGUAUUUUCUCUUAUCAGCCUGUGCAUAGUACACACUGCACUGUUCCAAUCAAAGAUCAGACAGAAGUAUCAGUCUAAACUCAAAUCUUAUUUUAGCUUGUGGGAAAUCAGAGUAUCAUAUCAUCUCUAGUUCUCUCUCACUCACAAACUCCUGGGAAACUCUCACAUUACUACUUUUGCUGUCCUGACUCUGCCAUAUUGGUUUUUCUAUUCCUUCUCUUCCUCAUUGUGCAUGCAUUCCCAAAGUCAGGGUUGGCUUAGACCUCCUGUAGCCCAAUGUUUCUUCUUCCUAUUGGUUGAUUUUCCCCAAAUAAUCCAUCAAGAAUACUUUGUUUCUCUUUACUAAGAGGUCAGAGGAAAGAAAUGAUCAGGUGUAAGUAAAGAAAAUAAGUGAAUGCUUUGCAUAUUAAAAAGUUUUUAAUCUCAUCAUAGAAGAGUAAACAGUGUGAGAUGAGAAAACAUAGGAAAAAGAGAAGUAGUUGAACCUGAGGGGGGUAUUUUAUUUAAGUCUGGAAUGAAGUUACACAUACAAGAUCAUAAUACCUACAAAGAGGAACAGGACCAUUUAAAGUCAUUAAUUGUAAAAAAAAAUUA